GGAAAGAGGCCGACGAUGACGUGCACUGUCGUACGUCAUCACGCAAUGUUUUCAUCACUACGUCACGCGGACGACACCGUUCAACCCGAGUAUGUCAACUUGAGACUUCUAUUCUCUGACAGGUCUGCAGUGAGAGGAGACUCGGGGAGAAUGGAUGGAUUUCCUGUGAAGAUGACCGAGGCGGCGUGUCUUGGGGCCAGCCUCGCCUUCUCAGGCAUCUGCUACUACCUCUACAGGAAGAGCCGGACAACACUAGACAAACUCGAUGAUGCUCCACACUUCACCAUAGAUGGAAAACUCAAAGACAUUUUGAAAGUGACUCCAGGAGCGUGUCUACAGUAUGCUGUCAUCGAAGGUGCUGUGCAACCAGUAGGCGAGCCUCUGACAAGCCCUUUCCAGAAAGAAUUUGUCGGGGUGUUGCAGAAAUUCACGUUGAGAGAACACAGGCUGGUGUGGAACGGGCUGUCACGCACUUGGGCGGACAGCGAACGAGUCUUGCACCAAAGAGUGAACGCGGUGCCCUUUGUGUUGGUGGGAUCCAAUGAGGCCGCAGUCAAUGUCCUGUGUCCUCUGCAGGCCUCUGGAGUGCACAUGGAGACUACCCACGAGAAGUUCCACCAGGUCAACUACGGCUUGGGGGACAUCAUAGGACAGUACCUCAGUGGGGAGAAGCUUAAAGGGCAACUGGAGACCGAGGAAAUGCUCAAAGUGGGCACAACUCUUACCGGCGUGGGCGAGUUGAUACUGGACACGGACGGCACCCUGAAUCUCCGACCCCCUUCUAACGGCUCCCAGUAUUUUUUGAGCAUUACAGACUUUGACACCCUGCUGGGAGAGCAGGAGAGCAAGGCGGUUCUGUGGAAGGCGCUGACCAUUGGCUCUGCUUUGGCAGGGGCAGCGGUCCUCUUUUGGGUUGGCCGACGCUACUACCACCAACUAAAACUUCGCUGGGAGCGGGAGCAGGAGAGGAUGGAAUUUGAGAGACUGCGGGCUGAAGCCCCAAGAGCACAUGCUCCGGUAAGGGGCCCUGAGGCCCUUCAAGACGGGGCAGAGGAACACAUAGAGAACGCCUGUGUGAUUUGCCUCAGUCAGCCACGGAACUGUAUCCUGUUGGACUGUGGGCAUGUGUGCUGCUGCCACAGCUGCUACCAGGCCCUGCCACAACGCCGAUGCCCUAUAUGCAGACAGGAUAUCAGCAGAGUGGUGCCUCUCUAUCACGUCUAAGGCCCCUGUGUGAUCACGUGACCUCAGUGGGGCUUCAGCGCCACACAAACUGUACCAGCGUUGCACCUAAAAGUGACUAUUUACUGUUGGUUUUUCAACAGACAAUUUGUAGGCAUUCACUUAACCUUGUCGAACCUACGUUUGUACGGCUUUUUCAGAUAUGACAGGCACUGCUGCUACUUUGUCUCUUUCCAUUUUUACAGUAACCCUUUCCUCAUUUAACCUUUACAUACACAUAUUAGGGUUUCUCAAUUUCUGCAUCAUGACAGAACCAGUGUCCUCACCCUCAGUCUCUAUAGACCUAAUCACUGUGACGUCGCGCUAACACAUCAGUCACUUCCAGGUAGACAACUGGCUGCUGAUCGGAAUUUUGGAGAUUAGUAAAAUGUGCAAAUUUGUCUUUUUCUGCUGUCAUUUUCAACUGUAACUUUAACGUUUGAAGCGAUAUAAAUAUAGACGUGUUUAUUUUCUGUACUGUGUUGCUUUAUUAGCAGCUUUGUUAAACCAAAUGUAAUGUAUCGAACAGCAACAUCUCACCGCCGGUCAGACUGACUUGGUUUUGUCUCCAAGCGCCAACGUUUGUGAAAGUGUUGACAUACCAAAGCAUCAAACGUGCGUUUUAGGUGAAUGAGAUGAGUAACAUCCAGUUGUUCCUCGUCCCUGAUUGGGCGUUCUGUGUAAUAGAGGAAGGUAAACAACCAGAAAGCAAUUAUUAUUAUUAUUAUUAUUAUUAUUAUUAUUAUUAUACAUCCAUGGAUUGGGUCUAUAGAACAGUUCAGGGAUGUCGUCAGGCGGACAGCCAGAAAGACUGGCCUCCACCACCAGCCAUCUCGGCUCUUUCCUUUGGUCGCUGGGCUGGUGCUCGCUCCACCUGGUCUGCAAUCUGACUGCUCUAAAGAACAAAGAUUGUCUUUCAAGAACAUACUGUAUGUAUAAAAUAAUGUGAAAUGUAAAAAUAAUGUGCACACAGUUUGUUCACUACAGAGUUUCAGUGAGGUAUUUCAUCUGUAAUUGUAUAUAAGAAACACAGGGAGAUGAAGUAAUUAGAAAAAGGCGUACAGCGAUGUUUAUUUUCCUACCUGUUAGUUCUGUGCCUUAUGGUAAUUUAUAUGGCUGCUACUGUCUUAUGUAACUGUGUGUAUCUGAAUAACUUACGUCUGGUCAGAAGGAGCACAGCUUUUGCUUCAACCACUCACGUAUUUGAGUCCCAGGACGUUAUUGAAGCAAGGAUGCAUUUAUUGCCAAGACAAAGUGAGUGUUAUUAAUGCACUAAAAAACCGGCGAGAGUGUGUGAAAUGUUGGAUAGUUGAAAGAAAACAAUAAAGCAUCACUCUUUGAACC